AUGGAUUAAGGGUUUUCAACAAAUGUAUAAAAUGAUAUUUUAAAUGAAAAAUAAAUAGCUUAAAUAAUAGACUAGCUUUUAUAAAAUAAAAAUGAAUACUUUUAGGUGAUAAAAAACGAAAAAUAUGGGAAAUAUUAUGCAGUUAAUAAUAGAAAAGAAUCUUAUCUAAUAUAUCUUAUAUCAAUAGAUGAUGGGAAUAACUCUUACUGCUUUGAUAAGCUGUAACAGGCCUAAAAUUAUGUUGAUCUCGUUAGAGGAUGUGAUAAUUUAUAUAUAUCAAAAAUCUAUGAUGCCUUUAAAAUUAAUAAAUUUUUUGUUAUUUUAUUUAAAGACUGUGAUUUUUCUCUGUCUUCCUACAAAUGCUUUGAUAGAAAUUAGCUAAUAUAAUUAGCUGAGCAAAUGAUUGAAGCAAUAAUUUAUCUUCAUUCUAAAAAUAUCUUUUUGAAGACUUUUUAAAUUUAAAAAAUUUUUGUUGAUAAUAAUUUUAACUUGAAAAUAACAGAAAUUUCUUUUCCAAAGCUAAUUAAUUGUUAGACUGAAUACGGAAAAUACUAAUAAUAUGGAUAACCUGGAAUAUAUUUGCCUCCUGAGAUUUUAAAUUAAUUCAGAUCAAAUUAGUUUUAAAAGUUAAUUUACAAAACAAUAGAGUAAGAUAUUUGGUCUUUCGGUGUUUGGUUGCUUAUUUUAUCUGGUUCAAGUGAAAGCUCAAUAAAAAAUUUAACGGAAGGUUUAGAAAUGUAUCCUUUAAAUAUAGAUAUUGAUUUUGAUAUAAACUAUUUAAUUUCAUUAAUUUUACAAAAAGAAGCUGAUCAACGACCUUCAUUAAAAUAGAUAAAAGAUUAUUUUUAAUGCUUAAAACUAAAUUAUAAUAAAUAAAAUAAAUAAAUAAUUUUAAAUUAGAAUAGCUAAUUUUUGAUUGCUCAAAGUAAAUUUGUUGAAAAGGAAUUUCAAAAAUCAUUUGAGAUAAUUUAGGAAUUAGUUUAUAAAAACCCAUAUAACGAUGAAUAUUUAGCUUGGAUGGGAAGAAUAUGCUAUGCUUUAGAAAAAUACGAAAUAUCAGAAUAUUUUUGUUACUAGACACUUAAAUUAAACAAAGAAAAUGAUUUGGCAUAUUUUAUUUUAGGGAUCAACAAUACUCAUUAUGAAUUUCUUGAGCUAGCUAAAGUUUACUACCAAAAAGCAAUACAAAUAAAUCCAAAUAAUAUUUUGGCAUUAAAUAAUCUAGGAUUAGCUUUUCAGCAUUCAAACUAAUUUGAAUUUUCCUUAUAAACAUAUUAGAAUGCAUUAAAAAUUAGCCCAAAUGACAUAGACAUUUUAAAUAAUUAAGGCACUCUAUUUUAUAAGUUAGGCUAAUAUGAAAAAGCAAUAGCCUCUUUUAAGAAAGCUCUUAGAAUAAAUAGUGAACAUAAUUCAUCUUAUUUUAACUUAGGAAUGUUAUACCUAAAAAUGCAAAAAUAUAAUAAGUCUAUAAAAUACUUUGAAAGUCUAGUAAAAAUGACACCUUUAGAUAACGAAGCCCUUUUUCAUUUAGGUUUUUCAUACAAGUAAGUUUAAAAUCAUUAGAAAUCUUUAAAAUAUUUCUACCAAGCUUUAAAAAUUGCUCCUUAAAAAGCUAAAUACCUUUUCAAUAUUGGAUAAGUUUAUAUGGAAAAACUUUUAAAAUAAAAAUCUUACACAUAUCUAUAAAGGUCUUUAUAAUUGAAACCAUUAUCUGAAAAGUAUGUCAUAAAUCUAGGUGUUUUCUACUUAUAAUUUGAGCCUGAAAGAGCCUUAUAGCAUUUUAUUUCUUCAUUUUAAAGAUUUCAAUAAAAUGAAAAAAUAUGUAAUUACUUAGGAAUAUGCUACAGUAAUUAAAAUUAAUUGGAAUCUGCUUUUGAAUGUUAUAAAAAAGCUUACAGUUUAGAUUAAAAAAAUAGCUUUGCAGUGAUGAACAUGAAUAUUGUCAAAAAUUAGAUUUAAAAAUAAAAGCAAGUAAAAAAUCCUUUAAAAAUAUUUUUAAUAAUUAAUAAUUGA